AUGAGUUCACCUCUAAAAGAAUUAGAAUAAAUAUAAUUGAGAUAAAUAGAACAUGGGUAUUAUUAGAAUGAUACUGAAUAAAUCAAAUAGAUCUUAAAUUCUAUAAAAAUAAUUGCCUUUGAAAACAUAUAUAAAAAACAAAUUUAAUAGCCUAUAAAAAUAGAAGAGAAUUAUAAGAAUCAAGAUUUAAAUGAAAUAGCAUAAUAUUAUAGAAAUCAAUAUAAGUCAAUUGACAUAGUAGAAAGAUCUAAUUUAAGAUCAAGAAAUAUUAAUAAAAAACUCAUUGAAUAUUAAAAUCGAAAUACACCAAAAAAUUAAAAAAUGGGUUUACCAUCACUUAAAAAUAGUGAACAUCUAAGUAAUCCGAUUAAAUAAUCAAUAAAACCUGUAACAUCUUCUCAUACAGAAAGAAUCAGAUUUGAUAAAGCAAGAAUUAUAUUAAAUAAAACCUUCAAUGAUUUUACUUAACAAUGGAUUAAAUGUGAGAAAAGAAACUCUCCUCCAAUAAUUAAGAAAGUUUCAAAUAUUAAGAAAGGAUAAUCUAUUUUUUUAGAUGAACUCACGAAUAGAGCUCAAUCUAUUAUUGAAUCUGCAACCAUCAAGAAAAAAUUAAGAAAAACAUUAUAUAAUUAAUAUGGUUCAUAUACUCCUAAUAAUAUAAGAGAUUAAUAAUUAGUUAACAAUUAAAUUUAAUUAGGUAAUCUUUCUUUUGAAAUACCAAAAUGUAAUAAAUUUUUAGUUGACCAAGAAAUGAGAAUCUUAAAAAGCAGAAUAGCUAAUAGAGCAAAACCAAAUAUCCUAGUAAUUGAUUAAAGAAGAAUGUAAGUAUGA